AUGAACUGGGAUCAGGCGGAGAAUGUGAUUCCUGACUUGGUGAAAAUGGAACUUGUCAAGAGCGACGAGCGGUUUUCGAAGGGGAUUCAAGAAGUUCUUCAAGUCAACACGAAUCAGGAUGCUCUGAUCGAACUACGAAGAACAAUCGGUGAGCUGGCGAAACUGAACAAGGAUCGAAAAGCGCGGUUGAAACGAAACGCCGAAGCUAGAAAAGCCGAAAAGGCCGAUCUUGAGAAAAACAAGAACGAUCCCGAUCCUACUUGGACUCCGAACUUGAAGAAGUCCAGAUGA